UCACUCUUGUGACCACUCGCUCCUUCUGUCACUCUGUCAUCACUGCCAUCUCCAUUCGCCCUCUCUCCUGCUCUUUCACUCCCACUCAUCUCUUCCUCUGGCUCAUUGCAGCCCUCCCCUCCCCCGCAGGUACUCACGGCACAGUAGAUGGGGCGAAGGGAGAUGAGGCGCUCUGUGUGAUAGGAGAGGGAGCCGCUGAAGGCGUCCCAGCUGGGGUACUCGCCUCUCUCCAGGAUAAACUGCUGGCCCUGGAAGCUGUGGUGCUCGAAGCCCACCCAGCUGGAGACACGAGGGGGAAGAGGUCACAUGGUCAUCAUGUCUGCCGGGGGAGAGAAAUCCAAGUCUGCUUCUCAGACUGAUGGGAAGGCAGCUCAGAACAAGAUGUCAGAGAUGGGCAUGAUGUCCUACAAGAUGUGCGUGUACGACCAGGAGAACUUCCAGGGCCGCUGCAUUGAGAUCACCGGCGAGUGCAUGAAUGUGUGUGACAUGGGAAUGGAUAGGGUGCGCUCCCUGCGUGUCGACUCUGGACCCUUCGUGGGCUUUGAGCAGAUGAACUUCUGUGGUGAGAUGUUCAUCCUGGAGAAGGGCGAGUACCCCCGCUGGGACUCCUGGAGCAACUGCCAGAAGAACGACUACCUGCUGUCCUUCAGACCAGUCCGCAUGGAUCCUGAGAAGCAUAAGAUCUGCCUGCAUGAGGUCGGAGAGUUCAAGGGUCGUAAGAUGGAGAUCAUGGAUGAUGAUGUCCCCAGCCUGUUUGCUUACGGUUUCACCGACAGAGUCGGCAGCAUCAUGGUCAGCUGUGGAACCUGGGUGGGUUACCAGUUCCCCGGCUACCGUGGCAGCCAGUACUUGCUGGAGAAGGGCGAUUACAGGCAUUUCAACGAGUUCGGCGCCCGCUCCCCCCAGAUGCAGUCCAUCAGGCGCAUCCGGGACAUGCAGUGGCACCCACACGGCUGCUACACCAUUACCUCCAAAUGAAACCCAGCGAGGCCGAGGAAGAGAGGGAUCGGAGGAGGGAUGAAGGCAGAAGGCGGGCAAAGAGAUGGAGGGGAAGCAGUGGGGAAGGCGAAGCGGGAGAAGAGGGAGAGGGUGUAAUAUUUUCCUCCUCUGUCCCAAAAAUACUCUUGGUGGUUUUAAGUGCAUGAUGGAGGGAAAACAGCAGCUUGUUAAUUCUAGCUGGUGGAGCAUUGAAAUCCACUGAACAAUGAAACGUUAUUCAAAAUGUAGCAGAGGAAGAAGGAGAUAAUUACACGCAGCGAUAAUAAAUGCUCUCUCCAUUUUUGUUCUCCCCCCUCUCACCAUCUCUGUUUGUCAGCUCCUCUCUCUCCUUCCCUCCCUCCUCUCUCCCCCUCACACACUUCUCUCCUGUAUCCCGCCGACGUCAGCCCCUCACUCAGCCCGGUAGAGGCCGACAGGAGAGGUGGUGGGGGAGACCAGGGGUUGAGGUGGGGGUACCAGUGUGGAUAUUGUGUGUGUUUAUGUGAGGGGAUCCGAGACAGAAGGAGGCCACAACAAGAGCGUGGAUGCAAUUUCUCUGUGCUCAGAGCCUGAAGCCACAUCAACCCUGAUCCCCAAUAAAGCAUCUCACAUCCUGCUCCACUUGAAA